AUGGCGGCUCCACUGCAGCGCAGCACCGGCUCCGCGCCAGCCCUGCCCGUGCGGGCCCGGGGAGCUCGGCGCUGCAGGCCGGAGGAGGCACGGCAGCGCUGCCCCGGCUGGGCGAUGGCGGAGGGGGGAGCAGCCCGGCAGAGCCCGCUCUCGCGUUCAGGUUGGAUCAACGGAAUGGAGAACAGCACGCAAGCCAGCACUUCUGUCGAGAAAAGAAAUCACCAUUGGAGAAGUUACAAGUUGAUUAUUGACCCGGCUCUGAAAAAAGGACAGCACAAACUCUAUCGUUACGAUGGGCAACAUUUCAGCAUGCCUAACUCGGGAAUCGCUCCUGUGGAUUGUGUCAGGGAUCCCAGAAUAGGGCGAAUAUGGACCAAAACUAAGGAGUUGGAGCUGUCUGUCCCCAAAUUCAAGAUUGAUGAAUUUUACGUGGGGCCAGUGCCUCCCAAGCAGGUCACCUUUGCCAAGCUGAACGACAACAUCCGUGAAAACUUUUUGGCCGACAUGUGCAAGAAAUACGGCGAAGUGGAAGAGGUGGAGAUUCUCUAUAACCCCAAGAACAAGAAGCACCUGGGCAUUGCCAAAGUCGUCUUUGCCACUGUUAAGGGUGCCCGGGAGGCUGUGCAGCACCUUCACAACACCUCUGUCAUGGGCAACAUCAUCCACGUGGAGCUGGAUACAAAAGGUGAAACCCGCAUGAGAUUCUAUGAACUGCUGGUUAAUGGUCUUUACACUCCUCAGACCCUCCCUGUAGGCACCGAACAGGACGUGUCCCCAACUGGGAACGAAGCUCUCCAGUUGACGGACUCCCUGAAGCGCCUGAAGGACAGUUCCCUUUCUUCUGCGGGAUCCUCCGUUACUCCGAACAGCAGCACGCCCUUUUCCCACGACACAGCCUAUUCCAGCUGUCGGCAGGACACCCCAAACUCCUACAGCCAAUUCACCCCCCAGUCCCAAGGAACACCCCACACCCCACGCCUGGGGACACCCUUCUCCCAGGACUCCAGCUACUCCAGCCGGCAGACAACGCCCGUGUACCACUUUGGGCAGGACAGUGGGUACAAACCCAGGAGGCACGAGACAAAGUUUACGGACGCGUACAACCGCCGGCCGGGCCACCACUACAUGCACAACUCGGCGGGGGUGUUCCGAGGCACAGAGCAUCAGUUCAGUGCAUUCAAAUCCCAUCAGCAGGAGCCAGUUCAGUUCUCUCACACUCCUCCCCUGAGCCACUCUAGUUCUUCGAGCUAUAAAUCUGCCUUCUCCCCCUACCAAGCACCAGCUGUUUUUCCCCAAUCCGAGGAGCAGCCGUUUCCCCAAACUUCCAGGGAGGCGGAGUACCGGAGACCUGCACCACCUCCCACCGAGAUGGUUGUGGAGAGCAGCACUGCCCCGAGCAUCGAUUUUGUCCCAGUGAAGGAGAAACCAGAGGAGCCUCCGCCCUUGCCCGACUCGAACUCUGCUCCUGAACCGAGCACAGCGUCCUUCUCUCAGACUCCAGAGAGGAGUGAGACCCCUGGUACCCCCACCAUGGAGACUGAGAUGCAGCAUAACAGUUUAGACUCGAGGAUUGAGAUGCUCUUAAAAGAGCAGAGAACAAAAUUACCCUUUCUUAACGAGCAUGACUCAGAUAAUGAGAUCAGAAUGGAAGGUAGCCCUAUUUCCUCCUCUUCUUCCCAGCUCUCCCCCAUCCCCACGUACGGUUCGAACUCUCAGCCCGGUUUCAGGGGUCAGACGCCUUCCUCGCGCCCUUCCAGCACAGGCUUGGAGGACAUCAGUCCCACACCUUUACCUGACUCUGAUGAUGAUGAGCCCAUCCCUGGGACAGCUUCUCUGAGUCAGAAUUCCCGGGGGACAUCGGAGGCCAGCAUGACUCCCAUUGAUCAGCUGGGCAGGACCUCCAAAACUGAGACCUCGGAGGCUAAAGAAAUGGUGCCUGGUGACCAGACCCCAACGUCAGAAAAAAUGGAUGAGGGUCAGCAUUCCUCGGGGGAGGACAUGGAAAUCUCCGACGAUGAGACCAACCCCGCGCCCAUCACCAGCGCGGAAUGUGCCAAAACCAUUGUGGUGAACUCCUCCGUCAGCAACACGGCCGUGAUGGCUCCAUCCAUCCCCCCGCUGCCGCCACCGGGAUUCCCUCCUCUUCCUCCUCCUCCUCCUCCCCAGCCAGGCUUCCCCAUGCCCCCCCCGCUGCCCCCGGGGGGGGGGGGCACGCACCCGGCGGUGACGGUGCCGCCGCCGCCGCUGCCCGCGCCGCCCGGGGUGCCCCCGCCCCACAUCCUGCCCCCGCUGCCCCCCUUCCACCCCGGCAUGUUCCCCGUCAUGCAGGUGGACAUGAUCAGCGUCUUGGGCAACCAGUGGGGCGGCAUGCCCAUGUCCUUCCAGAUGCAAACCCAGAUGCUGAGCCGCAUGAUGCAGGCGCAGAACACGUACCAGUACCCCCCUUUCAUGACGGGCAGGAUGCAGUUUGUGAAUCUCCCUCCCUACCGCCCCUUCUCCAUGGGAGCCGCUCUGGCCCGCGGGCAGCAGUGGCCACCACUGCCCAAGUUUGACCCCUCGGUUCCACCCCCGGGCUAUGAGCCCAAGAAGGAAGAUCCCCACAAAGCCACUGUGGAUGGAGUCCUCCUGGUCAUAGUGAAGGAGCUCAAGGCCAUCAUGAAAAGGGACCUAAACCGCAAGAUGGUCGAGGUGGUGGCAUUCCGGGCGUUUGAUGACUGGUGGGACAAGAAGGAACGUCUGGCAAAAGCGUCUCUGACUCCAGUCAAGUCUGGAGGAGAAGUGGAGGAAAAGCCGAAGCCCAAGGAUCGAAUUGCCUCCUGUCUCUUGGAGAACUGGAACAAAGGAGAAGGGCUGGGCUACGACGCGAUUGGCCUGGGCAUUGGGUUACGAGGGGCCAUCCGGCUGCCCUCCUUCAAGGUGAAAAGAAAGGAGCCACCUGAAGCUGCCUCAGCGGGAGAUCAGAAGAGAAUCCGGCCUUCUACUUCAGUGGAUGAUGAAGAUGAAGAGUCAGAGAGGGACAGGGAUGCUUCUGACACAACAUCAGAGCUGUCAAAGAAGGAUGCAGAGGCAGUGGGGCUGCGACGGCGACCAGCACGGCCACUGGAGCUGGACAGUGAGGGAGAGGAGGGAGAUGAGACAUCAGGGAAAGAGGAAGAGUCCUCCUCAGAGAAGGAAGAGGAGCAGGAAGAAGAGGCAGGCUUGGUGAAAGCAGCACCUGCCAAGGAGGAAGAGGAGGAUGAGGAGGAUGAAGUUGAUGAGGAUGAAGAUGACGAUGACGAUGAAGACGAGGAUGAGGAUGACGAGGAGGAGACAGGCAUAGACACAAGUGACAAGGAGGAGGAGCAGGACUCCGAGGAGGAUGUAGCAAGUCCCUCGUCUUCCAAGGCUGAAGCUGAAUCGUCUGAUGAGAGUGAGGACUCCUCUGAAUUCGAGUCAAGCUCAGACUCGGAUGAUGAAGAUGAGGAGGAUGAUGAUGAUGAUGAAGAAGAAGAGGAGGAAGAAGAGGAGGAAGAGGUGGCUGAAGAUCCAGGCAGAGAAGCCAUGGUUGCUGAGCCAGAGCAUGAACCUGCUGGUCAUGAGCUUCCUGAUGAUGAGAGGGAGACUAUUUUGGACCUGUAUCCUGUGGAUGACUACAUGGAUGCAACAGGCUUGGAACUUGCUGAGCCAGCUCUGGCAGUGAAAGAUGAAGGCAGUGAAGAAAUCAAGGCAGGGGAAAGUGAGUGUGGCCAGGUCCCAGGAGCUUCUGUUGCUGCUGAAACUCUGAAACAUUUGGUUAUGGAAAGAGACCAGGAGACAAAACUUGCACUCUCUCCCAUCUGUAGGCCAGAGGAAGAGCCCGAACCCACUUCCAUGCUGGAGCCAGAGGUACAGGAAGCUCCAAAGCCUGAAUCCCAAGAUGAGGAGGUGGCUCUCUGUAUCUCUACUCCAGUGGGAGUCUUUGGAGAGCCUCUGCCCAGCAAAAGCAGCUUCUUUGGCAAGUCUGAGGAGAGCAGCUUGGAGGGCCGGGCUCAAGCCAAGGUGGAGGAGGAGGAGCGGCUGCCGCGCACGCCGGGGCGGGAGGCGAUGAUCCACCCCGACACAGAGACCCUCCUGCUUCCAGCCCACAAGGUGCCAUCCUCCAUGCUGCCCUUGCCAUCCACUCCCGGCAAGGAAGAGCCUUUAGUCCCUCCAGAGAAGUUCCCUGAACAAUUAAUGGUGACCAAAACGUCCGUGGAAGAGGAGAUUCCCAGGACCCCCGGGCGGGACAUUUUGGCCAAGUCUUCGCACCCCCUUGCCAAGUCGCAGAGCACGGACACUGUUCCAGCCACGCCAGGGAGUGAUGCUCCCCUUACAGGAAGCAGCUUGACCCUCAGUUCCCCUCAAGUCCCAGGGAGCCCCUUUUCCUACCCAUCCCAAUCUCCUGGCAUUAACAGCGGCAUUCCUCGGACUCCUGGGAGAGAUUUCAAUUUCACGCCUACUUUCCCAGAGGCUGGUGCUACCAUUCCUUGCCUUCUUCCUGGCAAGAAACAGUCAGAGGACGAGCUAGAAGAGAAAACCUUUAAAGAGCCUCUUGGUGCUUCCCUUACAAUCAGCAUGAACAGUGUUCCUUCCCCUAUCCCCUUUGCCAGCCCCCCACAAGCAGAUUUCCACAUGGACAUGGGUUUGCCACCUGAUGAGCCAAUACCUGUAGCAGCCCUGCCGUGCAUGCACGGAGAUGGAAGAAUGCCCAUCGAGGAAUGCAAGGCAGAAGUAAAACCCGGUUUGCUGUCCCCAGAACUGCCCCCUGGGGCUUCUAUUCUUCCUCCCCCACCACCACCCUCUGUUCUUCCCAAAAGGAGGCCGGGGCGGCCGAGGCGGUCCCCACCUUCUGUCCUCUCGCUGGAUGUGUACCCAGGCAAACCCAUAGAACCUCCUCCCAUGCCAGUGGCCUUGGUGGAAGGUGCUGUGGGCAAAGAGCUGCUCAGUGGACAUCCCGAUGCCUACUACGGACUGAAAGACCCUGAAGCCCUCACCCUGGACUUCAGGAAUGACGGUUUCCAUGAGAAAAUAGCAGCUGAGGCCGUUGCAGAGAAGCUGCCUUUCAAGGAGCUGGAGAACCAGUGGAACGAGGAGUUGAAGGAGGAGGAGGCUCUGGCCAAGCCGAAGCGGCAGUGGCGCCGGCAGAAGAAGCCGUCGGAGGAGCUGCCCGUGCUGCCCUCCCCCGAGUACUCCCCGCCCCGGCCGCAGUUCCGGCCGCGCUCCGAGUUCGAGGAGAUGACGAUUCUUUACGACAUCUGGAACGGGGGCAUCGACGACGAGGACAUCAAGUUCAUGUGCAUCACCUACGACCGCCUGUUGCAGCAGGACAAUGGUAUGGACUGGCUCAAUGACACCCUCUGGGUUUUCCAUCCUUCUACCAGCUUUUCUACCCCCAAGAAGAAGAAGCGGGAUGACGGGAUGCGGGAGCACGUGACGGGCUGUGCGCGGAGCGAAGGCUAUUACAAAAUCGAUAAGAAGGACAAACUCAAAUACCUCAACAAUAGCCGAGCUUUUGCAGAGGAGCCUCCAGCUGACACACAGGGAAUGAGCAUCCCUGCCCAACCUCACGCUUCCACACGGGCUGGUUCCGAGCGGCGAUCCGAGCAGCGCAGGCUCCUCUCCUCCUUCACUGGGAGCUGUGACAGCGACCUGCUCAAGUUCAACCAGCUCAAGUUCCGGAAGAAAAAACUAAAAUUCUGCAAGAGCCACAUUCACGACUGGGGCCUUUUUGCUAUGGAGCCCAUUGCAGCUGAUGAGAUGGUGAUUGAGUACGUGGGUCAGAACAUCAGGCAGGUCAUUGCUGACAUGCGUGAGAAGCGCUACGAGGACGAGGGCAUCGGCAGCAGUUACAUGUUCAGGGUGGAUCACGACACCAUCAUCGACGCCACCAAAUGUGGCAACUUCGCCAGGUUCAUCAACCACAGCUGCAAUCCAAAUUGUUACGCUAAAGUGAUCACGGUGGAGUCACAAAAGAAGAUCGUUAUCUACUCCAAGCAGCACAUCAGCGUGAACGAGGAAAUCACCUACGACUACAAGUUUCCAAUUGAGGAUGUAAAAAUCCCAUGUCUCUGUGGCUCUGAGAACUGCAGGGGAACCCUGAACUGAACUCAAGGUUUCUCGUCACACUUGCACCUUCGGCCAUGUCAAAACUGUGGUAACCAGGUGUGGUUGCACUUUGCCAAAAAAAAAGGAGAAAAAAAAAAACCAACAGAAAAAAA